UCCACGCGACCCAUAACUCAUACACCCGAGGAUGAUACGAGAGACUUUCAAUCCGCUGUUUCCGAGACGAACGUACUUCAUGGUCGGGAGAUGAAGAUGGAUACAAGAUAGGUUCGAUCGAUGACGCAAGGAAACUUAGAGAAGCCCGGAUGAGCCCGAUGGAUCGAAGUCGGAUGGUACUUGGUCUGCGGGCACAAAGAUGUUUUAUGUGGCAUAGAGAUAAAAGACGGUGUUAUGAGGAGUGUAAUCGGGGAAUGAGCAAUGUAAUAAGCAUGUAUGCUAUGUUGCAGGGCUGAGUGAGAUCUACCACUAGGCACGCUCGCCUGACUUGCUACAGGUUGAUCCACAGGCACUGCCGCCACCUCCAAGACCCAUCGCCAGAUCCGUUCCUCAAGGCCUUGUGUGUGGCCUUGCCGGUGCCGCUGGAUUGACCGGGCACAGCUUUUCUGACAGCCGCGUCCUUUGAUUUAGCUUGGCCCGAGUUGCAGCUGAACGCGCUGCGUAAGCAUUGCCACCUUGUAGCUCGAUCUCUUCGAGUCAUCCGCGUCAGACACGGCGGACACUUACAAGAGACGAUGGGAAUCAGCAUGCGCCCUUGAUCGGUCUAGUUGGUCUGCCACGACGGUCAAGAUGUCUGAGGUCUGGGAUUGGAUUGACAAUUCAUAUAAUCGGCCUUCAAUGCUUUGGCAUUUUCAAAGGACCGCAGUGGAGUGGAUUCGAACGCGUUCGUAUUGAAUUCGGCGCCCUGCGGAGUGUCACCCAAGGCCCCAGAAGUCUGGAAAUAGAUGAGCGAGUGGACUGAUUUGGCUGCAGGGGCAAGUUAGCACUGGGGAAGACCGAACAGAACUAACACUCAAAUCAGUGGUUGCAUUCGCUGUCGAAAAUACGAGUCUCAGCGUGAGACAAAAUGCGACCGCGGGUGUUUGUACGUGCCAUUGAUCCUCAGCUCGAGCUGGGCAUGUGUUACAGUCGACAGUUGUCUUCGAUAUUAAAUUGAAGAAGCAGUUCGGGUGCUCGAUGUUCGUGUCUCGGGCUUCGCACCAGGCUUCAUACGCGCUGAAAUCUUCAGCGAAGAUCAAUAGUUUAAUGAGGCUGGUGAGGCGGCAGGAUAUAGCUCAUGCAUCAAUUCACCCGCUUUAUAAUUGACUUGAGUGCGGAGUUCUUGCUUUGAAUCGACAGCUAAACCGGCUUGGAUUAAACGCGGACUGAGAUCUCUACUACAUUCAAAAGGCACAGGUUCCUGCAGUCCACGAGUCCAAGUGGUAGGGGAUGAGGCUAGAAUCUGGGCUGAAGUAAUUGAGUGCUCGACAAAGAUGAAUUGGUGUUCCAUCAAGGACGGCGGUCUACUACUCCUCACAACAAUUUGAACUCGAGCGCUUGAGCAAUUUGAUAACCGGGUGCCGGGUGCUUUCAGGAUGGCUAUGCUAGGAUCGAAGUAAGGGAUUUAUGUCAGAUCAGGUCAGAUCCAGUCAUCGUCAUCAAAGAGCAAUUUUUAGUGACAUACGGCAGCAGGAAUGAUACUCCCGCGGCCGAAGGAAUCGACAGAGGCAAUGAGGCGAUGAGAGUAGAUGAUUUCGAAGCUUGAAACUGCCAACUCUCCUGCGAGUUAUGUACGAGAGAGAGACAAAGAUAACUUCUACCGAACACGUGUCGAUACCAGUACAGCCACCGAGGUUUUGACAGUCACCGCGAUCAUCGAUGGGCAAUUGACAGAAAGGAUCGUAUCGAGAAGAAAUUUCAAAGUCCGCUCGACGAUAUUGCUGGGCAAAACGAGGAAGCGAACCGGAAGGGACGUGAUUGGAGUCAUAGUGAGUCAAGAUCGUUCCUUGAGGAGGCGAGACAAGACGGUGUGUGAGAAGCGGAACUAAGAUUGGAGCGAACACAUACCUGCAAACAGAGUGCAUCGAAGCACGUUACGUUUAUAUUUGGACGGCUGUCUCCGCCAAUAAAAACCGAUCUGAACCCCCCUCUUUCAACCAACCGUCAUGUCUUCGACGUCGGGCGCAACGACCGCGUCGACGUCGACUUUUCUCACUGCGCUCGUCUUCAAUGCUAUCGUCUUUGGCGCUGAACUUGCGGUUUUCACAAUCAUUCGUCCCCAUUUCAAAGCUAUCUAUGAACCACGAACUUACGUUCCCGUACCCUCAAAACGAGUCACCUCACUGACGGGGUCGGGAUCCUUCCUAGCUUGGCCGCUAGCUGUGUUCAAAGCCGACUACAAGGAUGUCCUCAAUGCCAAUGGAGGCGACGCUUACUUUUUCGUGCGGUUCCUUCGCAUGAUGGCGCGCGUCUUCUUCCCGAUGUGGAUCCUGUCAUGGGCCAUUCUUCUUCCUAUCACCGCAGUCAAGACUCACGUCGGCACCAACACGAAGCUCGACUUGCUGAGCUUCGGAAAUGUACAACCCGACAAGCAGCACCGGUACUGGGCACAUCUGGUCAUGGCUUGGGUCUUCACGUUCUGGGUGUUCUACAACAUCCGGCUAGAAAUGAGCCACUUCGUCGUCACACGUCAACAAUUUUUAAUCAGCCCGGUCCAUGCGAAAAGUGUGCAGGCUAACACUGUGCUCUUUACCGGGAUCCCGGCCCGUUACCUCACGAUUGACGCGUUGCACGCCAUGUUCAAAGACCUCCCCGGCGGCGUGAAGCGUAUCUGGAUUAACCGCAACCUGCGCACCCUUCCCGAUAUCUACGAUCGGCGCACGGCUGCCUGCAGCAAGCUCGAGGCGGCCGAGACGAAGUUGCUUUCCAUCGCUGCCAAGUCGCAUUUGAAAGCCACGAAGGCAGGCACCAAGGAUGCUGAGCAAAGUGGCGAUGCUCCUGUCGUCGCUGAGGCCGACCGACCCACUCACAAACUUGGUUUCCUCGGACUUUUCGGCGAGAAGGUUGAUUCGAUCAACUGGGCUCGGAAGGAAAUCGCCAUGUGCAACAGACUGCUUGCCGAAGGGCGUCGUGCCAUGGCCAAAGAACUGAGUGAUCCGAAUCAGACACCGUUCGAGGACGAGGACGGGUUCCCGCUUGGUGAAGGAGAGGAGAAUGCCGACAAGGAAAUCAGUGCUAUGUCCGAACAGACCUAUCCUGUGCUGAACAGCGCGUUCGUGACUUUCAACAAACAGAUCGCCGCGCAUAUGGCCGAGAAUAUCUUGCUGCACCAUGAGCCUUACCGCAUGACCGGGAAGUUCUCCGAGGUUGCCCCUCAGGACGUUAUCUGGUCGAACUUGGGCAUGAACCCCUACGAGAUGAAGAUUCGUACUUUGAUCUCGUAUGCGGCUACCGCGGCUCUCAUCAUCUUCUGGUCUAUCCCCGUCGCUUUCGUCGGUCUCGUUUCCAAUGUCCACUCGCUAUGCACCACCGCUUCUUGGUUGGCCUGGAUCUGCAAGUUGCCUCCCGUCGUCGUUGGAAUCUUGAGCGGUAUACUGCCACCCGUCUUGCUCGCCGUGCUUAUGAUGCUGCUGCCCAUUGUUUUGCGUCAAUUUGCUGUCAUGGAGGGAAUGCCCAAACGCACUGCUGUCGAACUCAGUCUUAUGACCCGUUACUUCAUCUUCCAAGUUGUGCAUUCAUUCCUCAUUGUCACGAUCUCUUCCGGCAUUGUCAGUGCACUUCCCGGUCUACUGAAGAACCCCGGCUCUGUUCCAACUUUACUUUCCCAAAAGCUACCUACGGCCUCGAUCUUCUUCCUGACAUACAUCCUCCUGCAAGGUCUUUCGGGCACUGCUGGUGGAUUCUUGCAGAUCGUUCCCCUGAUCGUCUAUUACGUCAAGCUCUUCUUGCUGGGCAGCACCCCUCGCUCGGUCUAUGACAUCAAGUAUGGCGCCCGAAAUAUCGCAUGGGGAACCACCUUCCCUGGCAUCACCCUCAUUGUCGUUAUCGGACUCGUAUACUCGGUCAUAUCUCCAGUCAUCAACGGCUUCGCUUGCUUCACCUUUUACGCGUUCUAUGAACUGUACAAAUAUCUGUUCCUGUACCAGUUCGAGCAGCCACCUUCGUCGGACACUGGUGGCCUGUUUUUCCCCAAAGCCAUCAGCCACAUCUUUGUUGGCCUUUACAUUGAAGAGCUCUGCUUGGCUGGAUUGUUCUUCCUAGCCCGGGACGAUAACCAGAAGGCCUCGUCUGUUGGUCAGGGCGCGUUGAUGGUCGUACUGAUCAUCUUCACGAUCAUCUUCCAGCUGUUCAUCAACAACUCGUACGGACCACUCUUGCACGCUCUGCCGCUCAGUCUUGCGGACAAGAUGUACGCUGGCGGUGCCCCGGUCGAUCGGGCUGAGACUAGCAAGGCUGGCGAGGCCCACGAGAUGAUGGAGACCAAACGGCCUGAAGAGUCGCAGGGUCUGACGGAGGACACCAAGAACCGCGCCCACCGUCUCAGGUCGGAAGACGAGUAUGGUUUCUCACACCCCGCUGCAUCGCGGCCUCAGCGUGUCGUGUGGUUCCCUCGUGACCCGCUUGGGCUCGGUGCCGAGGAGGAGCAGGCCUGCAAUGCUGCCGGUGUCAACGCGAGCACUAAGGAUGCGGAAAUGAAUGAAAAGGGAAAGGUGGACAUCUCGGGCGCCCCACCCGAUCUUUUGCUCGUCGAUGAAUGAACAGUUUCCUGCUUGGAUAUUCUUGAUUAGUACCUAUACCCUUUCUGUAUGUACUGCCUCCAAUCUAAGUACUUGGCUUACAAAUAACUGUAACUUACACACUCUACCUCUGCUCGAAUAAAACAUGUGACCGCGUCC